AUGCUUAUUCUGACACUACUGCAAACGCGGCGCGCGCCGCGCCCCGCGGCCCCGCCCCGCUCCUCCCGGGCCGGCCUGCAGUUCCCCGUGGGCCGUGUGCACCGCCUGCUCCGCAAGGGCAACUACUCGGAGCGGGUGGGCGCCGGCGCCCCGGUGUACCUGGCGGCCGUGCUGGAGUACCUGACGGCCGAGAUCCUGGAGCUGGCUGGCAACGCGGCCCGCGACAACAAGAAGACGCGCAUCAUCCCGCGCCACCUGCAGCUGGCCAUCCGCAACGACGAGGAACUCAACAAGCUGCUGGGCCGGGUGACCAUCGCGCAGGGCGGCGUCCUGCCCAACAUCCAGGCCGUGCUGCUGCCCAAGAAGACCGAGAGCCAGAAGGUGAAGAGCAAGUGAUUGCCCCACGGGUGCGCAGCCCGCAGCCAAUAAAGUCGGUGAAAAGCGAGUAA